GGAUUCGAGAUCAAGAAGCCAGAAGCCUUGGAGCUUAUGGCGAGGUAUGAUCGCGAGGAGACGGGCUACAUCGCUUUCGAUGCCUUCGAGGAGAUUAUGAUCCAACGUUACGCCGCCCAAGAUCCCAUGGAUGAGAUCCGCAAGGCCUUCGAAUUGUUUGACGAAGACAAGCGUGGCAAGAUUUCCUUCAGGAAUUUGAAGCGGAUCGCGCGGGAUUUGGGAGAAAAACUGACAGAUGAAGAGCUACGGGGCAUGAUCGAUGAGUUUGAUCUCGACCAAGAUGGAGAUAUCAAUGAAUCGGAGUUCAUUAACAUCAUGAAGCAGACGUCCUUGUACUAGUAGCAAUUUACAGCACAUCCCCUGCAUAAGUCGGCGGAGGGGUGCUUCCUUCGCGUGUACAGAAGUCUGUCUUCGGGUCCCCAAGUCGACUUGAACCGCUUCACUGGCAGACUGCUGCC